UUCCUUUGCUUAAUUAUUUAAAAAAUAAUGAUUUCCUCUAAAUUUUCAUUUUAAGAUUGAGUUCUUAUUUUCCAAUUAACUCAACAUCCAUUUUUAUGCCUUACUUUUGACAAUUUUUUAUUUGAUGUUUGAAGGGCCAAAGAAGAAAGCGGUGAAAAUGGCUAGACAGAGGGAUCCAUUUUGGGAUUUUGUUGAGAAGCUGGAUGAUGGUCCUUUCAACUGUACAUUUUGUGGCUAUAAAUUUGCUGCUGCUACUUCCGUUUCGAGGAUCAAAUUGCAUUUGUCUCAAGUCAGAGGGCGUGGUGUUGCAAUUUGUGACAAAGUGCCUGAAGACGUUCAAGAAGCAGCUUUUCAAGCUGUGCAUAGUGGCAACAAAAGACAUAAAACCAUAGCAAGUUCAAGCAAUUUUAAUGAAAAUUCCAUUUUAACCACUCCACAAGAACAAAACAAUGAAGUCGACAAUUUGGCAGGAGAUGCAGGAAGGAUACAAGCACCAGGUACAAUGGGUCAAGCACUUGAAAGAUUUUUGGAAGAGAUCAAUAAUGUAAUGGAGGAUGAUAUAGAGAAUGGGACUGGAGGAGUUGUGCAGCCUGGUGCAGGAGCUAGCUCUUCUGGAGGGCUUACAGGCAACACAAAUGAGACUCCAGGAGAUCCAUUACCUACUAUUUUACAUGUUGAAGUCGACAAUGUGGCACCACAAAGGCAACAUCUGGAGAGAGUAACUGGGCAGCCUGUUGUAAGAGGUAGUUCUCAUGAGAGGCCACUUGUUAAUCACGAUGAUCUUCAAGAAGAUUCUUCCCAACCAACUGAUCCACCAUGUCUUACCCAUGGAAGAUAUCAUGAUCAACUCCGUACUCCACUAGUCAACAUGGUUGGAGACCCUGGGCAGCCUGUUGUGAGACAUAGCUCUCGUGAAGCUCUUCAACGUAAUGGCGAUGAGAGCGGACGAGAUGUGUUUCUAACUGAAGAACUAACAGGUGGAGAGUUUGAAAAUAAUAAGAAUGCUAUCUGGUCGUGGAUAAUGAAUGAUGAAGCCUCAUCAAGUAUUGGCAUUUACGGGAUGGGGGGUGUUGGCAAAACAACAUUGCUCACACAUAUCUACAAUCAGCUUCUACAAGAACCUGGCACUUUUCCUCAUGUUCACUGGAUCACGGUAUCGCAGGAUUUUAGUGUUUAUAAAUUGCAGAAUCUUAUUGCAAGAGACAUUCGUUUAGAUCUUUCAAAUGAAGACAACGAGAGGAAAAGGGCUGCCAAAAUGUCAAAAGCAUUAAUUGAGAAACAACGGUGGGUUCUCAUUUUAGAUGAUUUGUGGAACUGUUUUGAUUUUGAUGUGGUGGGAAUUCCUAUCCAAGUGAAGGGAUGCAAACUAAUUCUUACAACUCGAUCAUUUGAAGUUUGUCAGCGAAUGGUCUGCCAGGAGACAAUCAAAGUGGAGCCUCUUUCAAUGGAAGAAGCUUGGGCUCUGUUCACAAAGAUACUUGGACGUAUUCCUCCAGAAGUAGAAGAAAUUGCAAAAUCUAUGGCAAGAGAAUGUGCUGGUUUGCCUCUAGGAAUUAAAACAAUGGCCGGAACCAUGAGGGGAGUGGAUGAUAUAUGUGAGUGGAGGAAUGCUUUAGAGGAACUGAAACAAUCAAGAGUUCGGCAGGAGGACAUGGAUGAGGAGGUAUUCCAAAUAUUAAGAUUUAGUUAUAUGCACUUAAAGGAGUCAGCGCUGCAACGAUGUUUCUUGUACUGUGCAUUAUUCCCAGAAGACUUCAUGAUCCCUAGAGAGGAUUUGAUAGCUUAUUUGAUUGACGAGGGAGUGAUAAAAGGGCUGAAGAGCAGGGAGGCAGAAUUUAACAAAGGCCAAUCGAUGCUGAAUAAACUUGAAAGAGUCUGCCUAUUGGAAAGUGCUGAGAAAUGGGGUGAUGAUGAAAGAUAUGUCAAGAUGCAUGACUUGAUUAGGGACAUGGCCAUCCAAAUACAGCAAGAGAACUCUCAAGGCAUGGUUAAAGCAGGUGCACAGUUAAGAGAAUUGCCGGGUGUAGAGGAGUGGACAGAGAAUCUUACUAGAGUUUCACUGAUGCAUAACCAGAUUGAAGAAAUUCCUUCCAGACAUUCACCAAGGUGUCCCAGUCUUUCAACUCUAUUGUUGUGCGGAAAUCAACUGGUGCUUAUUGCAGAUUCAUUUUUUGAGCAAUUGCAUGGGCUCAAGGUUCUUGAUCUGUCUUAUACAGGUAUCACAAAACCGCCUGAUUCUGUCUCUGAAUUGGUGAAUCUCACUGCAUUACUGCUUAUUGGUUGUAAAAUGUUAAGGCAUGUACCGUCAUUAGAAAAGCUCAUGGCACUGAAAAGGUUAGAUCUCUCUGGUUCUUUGGCACUUGAAAAGAUGCCUCAAGGCAUGGAAUGUCUAUGCAACCUGAGUUAUCUUAUAAUGGAUGGAUGUGGUGAAAAGGAGUUUCCUAGUGGGUUGUUACCUAAACUCUCUCACCUGCAAGUCUUUGUGUUACUGGAGGAUUCGGUUGUUGACAAUCGUUUUAUAUUUCCAUUAUAUUCUCCAAUAACAGUUAAAGGAAAGGAAGUAGGAUGCUUGAGGAAGUUGGAAACUUUGGUAUGCCAUUUUGAAGGUUACUCAGACUACGUGGAGUAUCUCAAAUCUCGAGAUAAGACCCGAUUGCUAAAAAAAUACAGAAUUGUUGUAGGAUUGCUACAUGACAAUCAUUAUGAACAUGACAAAAAUAAAGUAAUUGUUUUGAGUAAAUUGAGUAUCAACAGAGACGGAGAUUUUUGGGACAUGUUCCCAGAGGACAUUCAACAACUGACCAUUAAUGAAUGUGAUGAUGCAAAAAGCUUAUGCGAUGUUUCCUCUCUAAUAAAGUAUGCAACUGAUCUGGAGUAUAUCUAUAUUAGUAGUUGCAAUAGCAUGGAGAGCUUGGUUUCAUCUUCUUGGUACUGCUCUGCUCCACUACCUUUGCCAUCUUACAACGGUAUAUUUUCUGGUCUUAAAAGGUUUAAUUGUUCUGGCUGUAAGAGCAUGAAGAAGUUGUUCCCUCUUGUCUUGCUGCCAAGCCUUGCAAACCUGGAAGAGAUUACAGUUGAAGAAUGUGAGAAAAUGGAGAUAAUAGUUGGAACAAGAUCAGAUGAUGAAGGGGUUAUGGGUGAAGAAAGCAGGAACAAUGAAUUCAAACUCCCCAAGUUAAGACUUCUGCACUUGGUUGGAUUACCAGAACUGAAAAGUAUUUGCAAUGCAAAACUGAUUUGCGAUUCUCUCGAGGUAAUUUGGAUUAUAGAAUGUGAGAAGCUGAAGAGGAUGGGAAUUUGUCUUCCAUUGCUUGAAAAUGGCCAGCCAUCUCCUCCCCCUUCUCUUAAAAGAAUGUAUAUAGAACCAAAAGAAUGGUGGGAGUCAGUAGUGGAGUGGGAGCAUCCUAACGCUAAGGAUGUGCUUCUUCCCUUUGUAAGGUUUUUGUAGGAUAAGUGACGACGCUGCCCUUAAUAUAAUAUUAAAUUAAAAGUAAGCAUUGUUGUUUUAAUUGGAUUUUAAUGAAUUAACCUUAAGCUAUGUGUCCACUUAAUUGGAUUUUUGUAG